GCCACCAUGUUUGUCCUUGAUUUCAUGUGCCCAUCUCUCUUCGUUCCUACUCCGAGUCCUCUCAGUACUUAUCGUCCUGCUCAACAGACCCUUUCAUGUCUUCUCCUUCUCUCCAUUCACCCUCUCAAGAUGAUUCUUACAUGAACAAUCACCUAAUUCGUCUUGUCCUUCUCCUCCGUGGCGUUCCGUGGCUCUCAUCUGCAUUCGUUGUCACAAAUCUUGCUAGACUGUCAGCCUAGAUCCUUGCGUCUCCUUGAAGUGUGCGCGGUCUCCACAUCUGACUCUAGGCUACCAUCCCUUCACGGCAAGCAACCUAGAACGGACGAGUUUUCCGCGCGUACGGCACGCGCAACUUCAUCGACAUUCAGGUCGUAUGUAACUCUCUGGUGUGAAACUGUGAUAUGAGCUCCGAUGGUGCAGGUAGUGUACGCAUCGUACCAAUUAUCUGACUGGAUUGCUGUCGCGAUAAAUACUUACCAUUCAUCGCCCAAUGUUCCGUUUCUUCCUGUAUGUCCGCGAGAGCGGACGCGCAAAAGCACCGGCCUUGGAAUGUGAAAACCCAUUCUACAUUCCAUGUGCAAAAGAACUGUGGAAGUUUUGCUAGAGCUGGAUGAAUCGCGUGAUAGGAAGAUCUCGGUGGCUGCGGGGCCGAUUGCCGAUUGACAGCGGAUGGGUAGCCACGCUUAGCAAUACGCCCCAUUUUAGAUCGUAAGACCCCAAACUCUCUCAUCUCGGUUGUGUCUCCUACAAAUGCUCUCGCGGCAAUACAUGAACUGAUACGACAUCUGAGACAACUUUUUUCUCGUCCUCCUCCAAUGUUGCCCUCCGCAAAGGUCAUCCAAGUCGAUACCCGUGGGGCAGUCAUUCUUUCUGAAGAAUCGCCAGAGACGAGGGAUAGUCGGGGAAUCUACCUACCCAAUCACAUUGAACCUGUCUCGCACAUUGCAGUCGAUGUGGGAGGGUCAUUAGCCAAGGUCGUCUACUUCACCAGGUCCCCGGAACCUCCGUCAUCUCCUUCCGCUAUUGCCACUGCCGGGUCCCGGUCACCCGAUAGCCUACGAUCACUCACACCACCCAACGAAACCGAUUCGUCUUCCACUACCCUCCCUGCGAUCAAACGCGUUAAUGGCGCGCUUACACCGCUCGCCCUCGGCGAUGCGCACAUUGACGGUGCAUCCGCGCUUAUGGGACUCGGGGACGGGUGGUCCUUCGCGCGCGAUACGAUUUUGCGGCGGACGUCUCUUAUCCAGCGGUCUGCGGAAGUGAAUGGGGUCCCGAUUGAGGAGAUGCGCAAGAGCGUGAAGAUAAUGGCGACGGGCGGAGGCGCCCACAAGUUCUACGAGCUCUUCCGCGAGACCCUGUGCGUGGAGGUCCGUCGGGAAGAUGAAAUGGAGUGCCUCAUCGAAGGCCUCAAAUUCAUCACUCUCAUUCCGGACGAAGUCUACUAUUUCUCUGACGAACUCAUCCACUCGGUGACGCAAGUUGGAGCUUCGCUAGAAGCACCUCCAGACGUCUUUGAACGGCCCAGUCCCCGACCGCCUUCGUAUGCCGUCACGUUCGAGAGCAACCCCAGCCCGCAGUUGCCUUGUCUGCUGGUCAACAUUGGUUCUGGUGUUUCGAUCAUAAAAGUAGACGAGGAUGGCAAGUUCGAGCGAGUCAGUGGAACGAGUCUAGGCGGAGGAACGCUGUGGGGUCUUCUCAGCCUCUUGACACCUGCGACAACAUUUGAUGAAAUGCUGGCUUUCUCGGAAAAAGGCGACAACGCGACUGUCGAUAUGCUUGUUGGAGACAUAUACGGACAAGAUUACAGUCGUCUCGGUCUCAAGUCGACGAUGAUUGCCAGCUCGUUCGGGAAGGUGUUCAAGAAGGGCAGCAAGAAGGGAACCUUCUCUCCUGAGGACAUUAGCCGCAGUCUUCUCUAUGCGGUUUCCAACAACAUUGGACAGAUUGCAUAUAUGAACGCAGAAAAGUACAACUUGGAUAGGAUAUACUUCGGUGGUUGUUUCAUUCGGGGACAUGCUGCGACGAUUGGUACACUCUCGUAUGCUAUCCGUUUCUGGAGCAAAGGGUCAAAGCGAGCAUUGUUCCUCCGACAUGAGGGAUUUUUGUCAGUGACACCAACCCACCAUCAGUUCGCCAUACUCAUGUGUCUUCAGAGGCUCAAUCGGGGCGUGGCUGAAGAACAUACAAAGCGAGGAAGAUGCAGACAGCUAAUCCGACCAUGUACUGCCCAAUUCAGCCCUGAGGCUAGCAUGUAUACCUCUUCCUUCACUUACACCGUCAUGUCUCCCUUCCCCGCUGAAAUUCUCGACACCCCCCUCCCUCCGGCACCCAAGAAACCUCGCCAUCGUCACUCUGCUGUUCAGCUCGCAGCCCUGAAUGGGCUCUUCGAGGAAACCGACCAUCCCUCCCUGUCGCAGCGCACGGCGUUGGCACAUUCUUUGGGCUUAGAGCUUAAGAGCGUCAACGCAUACUUUCAAAAUAAGCGUGCUUCUUCAAAGAAGCACCCACGAGGCAUCCCGUACGACGCCGCCCGCCCGCUCCCUUCCCCCUACCUCCCUCCGACCUACACAGUCCUCGAGGAAUACCAUCCUCUGCCUCACGCGCCGUUACCGCUCAUGGCUCGGUCCUUCCGAUCACUGGCACCGCCGCUUGAUCAGGGUCGGCUCAAUCAAUUGCAUCCGUCAACCGAUCAAAUUCAAUUGUGGCCCCACGACGAGCAUGACGACCUAGGCUUGUCCCCCGUCCGAGGGAACGACCUCGAGCACAUCUAUCGAAGCCGUCCUUUCCCCUCCUUCGACGAUUGCGCAGCAAUUGCAGACAACUAUAGGAUGCCCCAUCAGGUUGUGGUCGAAUGGUUCAAACGACGAGCGCGAGCGCAGGAGUCGUACGAGUACUCGCAGACACCCAGGCAUUAUGUUGACUCACGCCCGGUCACACUGCCACCGAUUUCUUCGCUGUCUGCAAGUCAUACGCCAAUGGAUAUAGAUCAAGAUUCCCCCAUUCAUGACGCCCCUCCCUCGUAUUCAGAUCUCUCGGCACUUGCCGCGCGUCCAAGACGAGGCCGACCUGAUCCGUUCCAGCUCCACAAUCUCCGCAGGCUGCUUAGCAAAACACUUAAUCCGUCGAUCGAGGAGCGGUCGGCCCUCGCACGGGAGAUAGGGAUGGAUCUUGGGAAGGUGACCAACUGGUACCGGAACAUCCGGCAAUCUGCGCGUAAGCGCGCCAAGCGCGCGGAGCAGCAGGUCAGCGAGGACGAGUUUGAUGUCGGGGAAAACGAGAAAGUCUAUCUUUCCGAAACAUCGAGAUCGACCCCUUCUCGGCCGUCCUCGGCAGAGGCUCACUCGAGCGACGACGAGCAGGAGGUCUUCACUCCUUCCUCGUGUCACUCCCAUCUCCACGAGGACGAGAAACUAAACAUAGAUGCGAGCAGCAGGUUCUCUUUCCAGGACUUUCAGGAUGCGGAACUGCUGUUGUCCUUCCACCGUCAGACUUUUCGUUGACGUUCGCACGUUGUAAUUGAAAGUUCAAAGUAAUUGUAUACACGCAUAAUCCACUUUGUUGUACGUUAAGACUUUUAACACCAAUAUAUUGUAUCGGAGAUGGGGUCCGGAGAUGUCUUCCUUGCUGCGUGGAUCGGUGAUCCGUGAUCUGAUAGACACUAGUUCAGUGUGCGAACACUUUCACUUGCGCAGUGAUUCGUCGACUCAAACGGUCCGAACUCAAGCCGACUUACAUCUUGACUCGGUUUUCGGCCGAAUCCUCUCCCAAAGUGUUGUCGGCAAGACUAGUUGCCCUUCCUCCUCCUUCCUCUUUCGGACUUUUCGGACAAGCUUUACAGCACUCAGAGCGCAAUUACUCGACCCCAGCCUGCAUUGCUGACGCAGAUUCGCUGUGUAUCAGGUAAACCAAUACUUUCCUCGAUUCAGUCCCUCUUGGCACACGCCGGUCCAUCUUCUCAACGACAAGAGACGUGCAGGGAUUCCCACGUGGGGGUUCGAUCCGACGUUAAGCAGGUAGAUCAAGGACCGAGCGUCGUGGUGUUGGAUGCUUUAUAGGCUCACGCGCACACUUGUCUCUUGCCAAUUCCAUCCUUCUUUCUAUUCCACCAUGUCGAACAACGCAUUCGCGGCAGAACGGGAGCUCAGCAUCUCUGCAGUGCGCAGGGCAUGCGCCUUGACGUCCGCGGUGUUCAACAAGCUCAUUAAAAACGAGACCUUGGUCAAGGGCGACAAGUCCCCUGUUACCGUUGGAGAUUAUGCCGCGCAAGCGCUGAUCAGUGUCAUGCUCAAGAACGCGUUUCCUGAUGACAAGAUCGUUGGGGAGGAAGAUGCUGCCGAUCUGCGCGUUGAGUCGGGCAAGGUCCUGAAGGACAGGAUCAUUGAACUCGCUAACGAGGCGAUCGUGGCGCCUUUGGGUGACGGCGACAAGGCGGAAUGGGGCAUCGGUCCCGGCCAGACGAAGACGACCGAUGAGCUCCUGGAUGCGAUCGACAGAGGCAACCACGAGGGCGGACGGCAAGGACGGAUGUGGACCAUAGAUCCCAUCGACGGAACCAAGGGCUUCCUGCGGGGAGAACAAUACGCUGUUUGUGUUUCCCUGUUGGCCGAUGCUCAAGUCCAACUCGGUAUUAUCGGGUGCCCCAAUCUUCCUGUGGACGCAUCAAAGCCAGAUGGAGAGCGCGGAUGCAUCUUCCUAGCCAUCCGCGGCCAGGGCUGUCAGAUGAUCCCUCUCAGCGGAGGUCCCGCGAAGUCUCUCACCAUCCCUGUUUUCGCGCCCGAGGACCUCUGCUCAUUGGAAUCGGUGGAGGCUGCCCAUUCGUCGCAUUCGACAACUGACACCAUCUCGACUAUCCUCGGCAUCACGCGGCCGCCUGUACGCAUGGAUAGUCAGGCCAAAUACGGCUGCUUGGUCCGCGGCGAUGGCGGUAUGUAUCUUCGCAUGCCCACCGGCGUGGGCUACCGCGAAAAGAUCUGGGAUCACGCACCCGGAGCACUGCUUGUCGAGGAGGCCGGUGGAAUCAUCAGUGAUUCGCGUGGACACCCCUUGGACUUCGGGCUCGGACGAACUCUGGGAGAAAACUUCGGGGUCAUUGCUGCUGGGAAGGAUGUCCAUCCGCGAGUGCUGGAGGCGGUCCAGCAAGCGAUGAAGAAAGAGUGACUGUUGUACAGAAUGCAUAGUAGAUACUGAAAUCAAUGUAAAUAUAACUAAGUCGCCUUUUUUGUCUUUUUCUUUUUUGCAGACUUCGUCGAUUCUGAGUUACUGUGAGCUGCAUCGGUAGUCGCGGAGUCGGAUCG